AGCGUUUCUGAGUCUGUGUCUUUAAUCUUUCUCAUAUAUUCCAUUGAAGACAUCUAGACAUUACUACAUAAUGUCCGCGCAGGUCACUCCCUCCAAGCAGGCUGCAUCCUCCUUCGAGAAUCUCAAGAUGAGCGACUCGCCUGUCAAGAAGCUCAAUUUCGAAGCCGCAGGCAAGGAGAACGCUCCUUCGUCUCUCCAGGUCACCGACGUGCCCGCCAGCAAGACCAUUGUUGAAAAGCCUACCGAACUCUCAUCCAAGAUUGCUAGCAUCAAGGAAAUGGAAGCGAACGAGCCCCUUCUCCAAGAGAACCCUCAUCGUUUUGUUCUGUUCCCCAUCAAGUAUCAUGAGAUCUGGCAAAUGUACAAGAAGGCUGAGGCCUCCUUCUGGACCGCCGAAGAGAUUGAUCUUUCUAAGGAUCUCCACGAUUGGCACAACCGCCUGAACGAUGACGAGCGCUACUUCAUCUCUCGUGUCCUUGCCUUCUUUGCUGCCUCCGAUGGCAUUGUCAACGAAAACCUGCUCGAGCGUUUCAGCGGAGAGGUGCAGAUCCCUGAAGCUCGUUGCUUCUACGGUUUCCAGAUUAUGAUCGAGAACAUCCACUCGGAGACAUACUCUCUUUUGAUUGAUACCUAUAUCAAGGAGCCCAAGCAGCGUACCUACCUCUUUGACGCCAUCGAUACCAUUCCUUGCAUUCGCAAGAAGGCCGAUUGGGCUAUCCGCUGGAUCCAGGAUCAGGAGUCGACCUUCGGCCAGCGUCUUGUGGCCUUUGCCGCUGUUGAGGGUAUCUUCUUCUCUGGAUCCUUCGCCUCUAUCUUCUGGCUGAAGAAGCGUGGCUUGAUGCCCGGUCUUACCUUCUCCAACGAGCUUAUCUCUCGUGAUGAGGGUCUCCACACUGACUUUGCUUGUCUCCUCUUCUCGCACCUGAACAACCGCCCCGACCCCCAGGUUGUGGAGGACGUUAUCGUGGAAGCUGUCGCCAUUGAGAAGGAGUUCUUGACUGAUGCUCUCCCUUGCGCUCUCCUUGGUAUGAACUCCAACCUGAUGUGCCAGUACAUUGAGUUCGUCGCCGACCGUCUCCUGGUCGCCCUUGGCAACAAGAAGUACUUCAACGCCACCAACCCCUUUGACUUCAUGGACAACAUCUCCCUCGCCGGUAAGACCAACUUCUUCGAGAAGCGUGUUGGUGACUACCAGAAGGCUGGUGUGAUGGCCAGCACCAAGAAGGAGGCCAAGCAAGAUGAAAGCUCCGCCAGCGGUGGCGGCCUCAACUUCGAUGAGGACUUCUAAACCAACUUCACGAAUAUACCCGGCAGAGUGCCCGCUGGCGCCUGCCAUCAGAUACGAGCUAAUUUUUCCUUUGUCGUUUUCUGUUCCUGGGAUCUGCGUUAUUGAUUUAUGAGACUAUUUGAGGUAUAAGCAUGGGUUUGGCGUUGGAUUGGCGGGACUCUUUUCUCAAAUGUAUUGUCAGUGUCUUAUCCGGCAUUCGGUCCUUUUCUAUGGGAUGGAUGGGCGGUAGACUGUAUUUAAAUAAAUAGGAUAUCACUGUACAUUCAAUUGGAUAUUUCAAAUAACUAAAAAGUCACUGUUUCUUGCAAAUGCUCUUGGUCUGAAUAUGAUAAU